AUGAACGCAUGGAUAACACACGAGUGUCAUGAUUUUGAUUUUGUGGUUAGGGUUUUUGUAGUUGAUAGGGUGAUUUUGUGGGGUUUUGGUUUUCCAUCAUUGAUUUCUCGCUUGGAUCUUGCAGAAGAAACCGAUGAAGGGAGCCGGAAGAACGUAGGCGAAAUGGCCAAUGUCUCCAAGAUCCAACGCUUCCAUGGCUUAGGGUUUGCAUUGAUGGUAUGUCUGAGAAAUAUGGAGUCGGCUCAAGUAAAAACAAGCACAAGCUUUAAUAGUUCUUUUGGAAUGGCCGAACACCAGAGAGAGGGAAAGUUACAACUGCAUUUGGCGAAGAUGGAACCGGUCUCUUUUAAUAGGAUUUUGUUGGAGACAGAUGCACCCGACGCGCUACCAAAUUCGAACAUAUAUUCUCUUUUCUUUGUUGAAGGAGAUACAUCUCUUGCCGAAGAGAUUCAUGGACAAAGAAUAACUUCAUCCUCAACUUCUGAUUCUUCUCCCGCUAAUUUCGUUGCGAGUGAAUUUGCAACAGGGGUGGCUGAAGAAGUUGAUUUGCAGUUAUCUUUUUGUUCUGGUUGUGGAAUUUCAGAGAUUUGUAUUGUUGGCAAGCAGGUGGCACUGGUUCUCAAAACAUUUUUGACUAAUAUUAAGUAUGUUGGGUAUAUACGUAUUAAUUACUGCAACCAGUCUGGUAUAUUAUGA